GUAUAAUCGUAUAACUGGGAAUUUAGUUCGUGAUUUGUGUCUAACUAAACUAAAAUGGCCAAUGUUGAAUAUAAAGCAGAUUUGUCUGGCACACACUUCGUACCGCCGCAUCAGAACCCGCCACCGUACGUCACCCAACCACAACCAGGAAUAUAUCCUGCAUAUCCUGCCGUACCUCCUCAACAGGUCGUGGCAGUCGUACCAGUAGUAAGGCAAAUGGGACCUGAUCCUUCACAUUAUACAUGUCCGUCUUGUAAUACGGCCAUCGUCACUAGAGUAGAACGUGUUUCCACGACAAAGACACAUCUGUUUGCUGCUCUUCUUUGCUUAAUAGGUUGUUGGCCAUGCGUUUGCAUUCCUUACUGCACGAAUAGCUGUCAAAAUGCUGAGCAUUAUUGCCCGAACUGCAGCGCGUACAUCGGAAACUACAGCAGUUAAUGCUCUCAACAAAAUAGUAAAAAUGCGAACUGUGUUUAGUUCAUACAUAAAUAUAUGCCUGUGUCUUCGUGGGAUCAUAAAUCCAAACCAUAUACUAUGGCUUCGAUCAUAGGGUCCACACUAAAACGGUAUUGUCGCCAUGCUCUUAGUUUUUAUAUAUUAACUAA